AUGUCGGAGACCAUACGCAAGCGGCAGUACCGCGUGGGCCUCAAUCUGUUCAACAAGAAGCCGGAGAAGGGCAUCACCUAUCUCAUCCGCAGGGGCUUCCUCGAGAACACGCCACAGGGCAUGAUCGGCGAGUAUCUGGGCAAUCUGCAGAACCAGUUCAACAUGGCCGUGCUCAGCUGCUUCGCCAUGGAGCUGGACCUGUCCGGCCGCCAGGUGGACGUGGCCCUGCGCAAGUUCCAGGCCUACUUCCGGAUGCCCGGGGAGGCGCAGAAGAUUGAGCGGCUGAUGGAGAUCUUCUCGCAGCGCUACUGCGAGUGCAAUGCGGACAUUGUGGGGCGCCUAAGAUCAUCCGAUACGAUCUUUGUGCUGGCAUUUGCCAUCAUUAUGCUCAAUACGGAUCUGCACACGCCCAAUCUGAAGCCGGAAAGGCGCAUGCGCGUCGAGGACUUCAUCAAGAAUCUGCGAGGCAUCGACGAUUGCCACGACAUUGACAAGGACAUGCUGAGCGGCAUCUAUGAGCGCGUCAAGUCGGACGAGUUCAAGCCGGGCAGCGACCACGUCACCCAGGUGAUGAAGGUGCAGGCCACCAUUGUCGGCAAGAAGCCGAAUCUGGCGCUGCCCCACCGGCGGCUGGUCUGCUAUUGCCGCCUGUACGAGAUACCCGACGUGAACAAGAAGGAGCGGCCGGGCGUCCACCAGCGCGAGGUGUUCCUCUUCAACGACCUGCUGGUCAUCACCAAGAUAUUCAGCAAGAAGAAGACCUCCGUGACGUACACGUUCCGCAACAGCUUCCCGCUCUGCGGCACGGUGGUGACCCUGCUGGACAUGCCCAACUAUCCGUUCUGCAUCCAGCUGUCGCAGAAGGUCGACGGUAAGAUCCUGAUCACCUUCAAUGCCCGCAACGAGCACGACCGCUGCAAGUUUGCCGAGGAUCUCAAGGAGUCCAUCAGCGAGAUGGACGAAAUGGAAUCGCUGCGCAUCGAGGCAGAGCUGGAGCGCCAGAAGUCGGCGCGCAACCGGGCCCCGGGGAACGCAGAGAACCGCGAUAGUGGCGUGGCCGAUGUGGAGGUGUGUCCCUGUCCCUAUGGCUCCCAGCCCGGCGGCGGCUCCCAGGCAGCCGGCGAGCAGGCAGCUGGCAACUCGGCCGACUCCACGCAGCAGCUGAAGCGCAGUGCGCUCAGCAACAGUCUCCUGGACAUGCACGAGCAAUUUGGCAACGAGAAGCCCCAGCGACGAGGCAGCGUCGGCUCCCUGGACAGCGGCAUGAGCAUCUCCUUCCAGUCGACCACCACGUCCAGCGCCUCGCGGGAGAAUGCGGCGGCCAUUGCAGCUGCCGCCAAUGCAGCGGCGGCUGCCAAGAUGCGUUUCAACAUGCCGCCAACGGCGGCGAUUGCCACGCCCAACAAUGUCGACAUAAAGCAGCACCAGCAGCAGCAGCACCAGCACCAGGGAAUGCACAAGAAGAACUCGAUCCGCAAUGGCGGAGAUGUCCUCAAGCGCGGACGGGCACAGUCAGCCAUAGAUACGUAUCUACGGAGGAGAUUGAAAGCAGUACAGGAGGCAGGUGGCAGCUGGACUAAGAGCUCUAUUAAACGCCAGAUCCCCUCCUCCAUUGCACACUCUGGGCAUUCUGGCAAUCAAAAGUCGCGCUCUCUGUCGAUGCGGGAGCGACGACAGCUGGACUGCAGUCCCAUACCACGUAGUCAAUCGGGCGCCUCUCCCGUUUCCAUUUCGGGAUCCACAGCCACCGCUGGCGGAAUGGCCUCCCAUCCGCAUGUGAAUCUGCUGCACGCGGCCGAGCCGCAUUACUACAAUGCCCAGGGAGCCGUCUACUACACCAGCUACCACGGCUCCCCGCACGACCUGAGCUACGCCAGCUCCGCGGACGUCUCGCUGAACGCCUCGUGGGUGAACGCCAGCGGGCACAGCCCCCACACGCCCUACUACUCGGCGGCACAGAUCUACAUGCGCCCCAAGGGCGGCAGCACCACGCCCACUCCCAGCUGCAGCGGCAGCACGGGCAGCGGCAGCGGCAGUGGCAGCGGCAGCUGCAAGAAGGUUCCGCCGGAGGUGCCCAAGCGCACCUCUUCGAUCACGGCACAGCAGCAGAGCCAGCUGCUGCUGCUGCAGCGCCAGACACCGCCGCCCCCGUCGCUGCUGCGGACCAACGGGCUCUGCAAGACGGCGGAGAACGGCAGCUUGACCUCCGUCCAGAGUUCCGGCUCAGACUCGAGCGUCACCUCGGCGGAGCGGAACAUGAACAGCGACCUCGGAUCGGACCGCAGCAACUCCCCCCACACGUGGAAGCGUGGCACGGCCCUGAACAGCUCCCAGCAGUUCUCCACGCACUCGGCCGACUCGGUAUCGGUCUCGGUGCCCAGCGGAGGUGGAGGUGGAGCCGUUGUGGUCUCCGGAGCAGCCAUAGCUGCUGCUGGGCCCGGAGCUUAUGCCGCACAGAUGCAGGCGGCCGUGGCAGCGGCCACAGCGGCGGGCGGAGUACCGCCGACGGACGAUCAUGCCGUCUCGUCGCACACCAGCGCCGCGCAGUACGAGCAGCACGAACAGCAGCAGCACGAGCAGCAGCAGCUGCAGGCAGCGGCCUCCGCCGCGGGCGUGGCCCAGAACUACAAGAUGUCGGAGACCAUACGCAAGCGGCAGUACCGCGUGGGCCUCAAUCUGUUCAACAAGAAGCCGGAGAAGGGCAUCACCUAUCUCAUCCGCAGGGGCUUCCUCGAGAACACGCCACAGGGCGUGGCUCGUUUCCUGAUCACGCGCAAGGGCCUCUCCCGCCAGAUGAUCGGCGAGUAUCUGGGCAAUCUGCAGAACCAGUUCAACAUGGCCGUGCUCAGCUGCUUCGCCAUGGAGCUGGACCUGUCCGGCCGCCAGGUGGACGUGGCCCUGCGCAAGUUCCAGGCCUACUUCCGGAUGCCCGGGGAGGCGCAGAAGAUUGAGCGGCUGAUGGAGAUCUUCUCGCAGCGCUACUGCGAGUGCAAUGCGGACAUUGUGGGGCGCCUAAGAUCAUCCGAUACGAUCUUUGUGCUGGCAUUUGCCAUCAUUAUGCUCAAUACGGAUCUGCACACGCCCAAUCUGAAGCCGGAAAGGCGCAUGCGCGUCGAGGACUUCAUCAAGAAUCUGCGAGGCAUCGACGAUUGCCACGACAUUGACAAGGACAUGCUGAGCGGCAUCUAUGAGCGCGUCAAGUCGGACGAGUUCAAGCCGGGCAGCGACCACGUCACCCAGGUGAUGAAGGUGCAGGCCACCAUUGUCGGCAAGAAGCCGAAUCUGGCGCUGCCCCACCGGCGGCUGGUCUGCUAUUGCCGCCUGUACGAGAUACCCGACGUGAACAAGAAGGAGCAGCCGGGCGUCCACCAGCGCGAGGUGUUCCUCUUCAACGACCUGCUGGUCAUCACCAAGAUAUUCAGCAAGAAGAAGACCUCCGUGACGUACACGUUCCGCAACAGCUUCCCGCUCUGCGGCACGGUGGUGACCCUGCUGGACAUGCCCAACUAUCCGUUCUGCAUCCAGCUGUCGCAGAAGGUCGACGGUAAGAUCCUGAUCACCUUCAAUGCCCGCAACGAGCACGACCGCUGCAAGUUUGCCGAGGAUCUCAAGGAGUCCAUCAGCGAGAUGGACGAAAUGGAAUCGCUGCGCAUCGAGGCAGAGCUGGAGCGCCAGAAGUCGGCGCGCAACCGGGCCCCGGGGAACGCAGAGAACCGCGAUAGUGGCGUGGCCGAUGUGGAGGUGUGUCCCUGUCCCUAUGGCUCCCAGCCCGGCGGCGGCUCCCAGGCAGCCGGCGAGCAGGCAGCUGGCAACUCGGCCGACUCCACGCAGCAGCUGAAGCGCAGUGCGCUCAGCAACAGUCUCCUGGACAUGCACGAGCAAUUUGGCAACGAGAAGCCCCAGCGACGAGGCAGCGUCGGCUCCCUGGACAGCGGCAUGAGCAUCUCCUUCCAGUCGACCACCACGUCCAGCGCCUCGCGGGAGAAUGCGGCGGCCAUUGCAGCUGCCGCCAAUGCAGCGGCGGCUGCCAAGAUGCGUUUCAACAUGCCGCCAACGGCGGCGAUUGCCACGCCCAACAAUGUGUAUGCAGCGCCCGGAAUGCAGGCGUACACGCAUGCCAACUUUGUGCAGCAGUCGCAGGCCGCCUACAUGAUGCAGCAGCAGCAAAUGCUUCAGCAACAGGCACAAAUGCAAGCCCAGGCGCAAGCCCAGGCCCAAGCGCAGGCUCAGGCGCAGGCGCUACAGCAGCAGGGAGGCGGAGGAGCAGGAGUAGGAGGAGGAGCCGUGGUCACGGGUCGAAUCCCUGGAAGGGAGAGGAAGGCCUCACGCUCCGAUGAGAACGCACGGUCGACGGAGGUCUAAGUCAUCUACUCAUCUACGUAUUGUACAUUUCCGUUGUUCAGCAAAGCGAUAAAUAUUAAAUCUAUAUAGCAUAUAGAGUCAAA